AUGCAAGCCUGCAUGCUGUGGUGGCUGGCCAUUGGCGUCCUGCUGGCGAUUCCUGCAGGAGCCAAACCGAUGCCAGAGGAAACAGACCCCUACACUCAGCCACCAGCCAUGCCCUACUGGCCUUUCUCCACCUCUGACUUCUGGAACUACGUGCAGUAUUUCCAGACCCAGGGUGCAUACCCACAGAUCGAGGACAUGGCCAGGACCUUCUUUGCACACUUCCCUCUGGGGAGCACCCUGGGUUUCCAUGUCCCCUACCAGGAGGACUGA